UUAUUGCCGGAAAGUUUCCGCCAUGCAUUCGUAUCGCCUGCAUGCACGAGCUCAUUGAAGUGUGGUCUCAGUGCUGUUCUCGCCGUUGCAGUGGCAUUCGCAUUCACCACUCUUAGCGGCAGCAUCGACUUUAGCCGCGUGCGGUGCAUCUACAGCAAUUCCGCUGUCCACAGUCUUGAUAGUGCACAUUUAAACACACACAUAUAAACAUACAUCUAUAGCGAAAAUGCCACCGAAACGCAGACGCCGAUUUCAGGGAUUGUACUAUCACUCGUCGCCGCCGAAGGUUCUACCAAUGAACGGACAAUCGUCGAACCAAGGCCGAAAGCGUCGUGAUUUAGAUGAUUUCUCAGUCAAACUAUCCACCAUAAGAAUAUGGAUGCACGAAAAGGAUAUUGGCAAGCUGACACGCAUCCUUUGGGCCGGGCAAGGCAGUCGGCUAUGCCAGCAGGCGAGCACAAAUCCGCGUGUCAAGCGUUUCUUGGCAGCGGUGCCAUAUGUGAUGAAUUCGAUCAAGGACGUACAUCAAGCCGUCAUCGACAAUAAUUUGGAGACGUUGCAGGCAAAAAUGGAGUCACCGGUGCCACCGGCGCUCAUUACCUGUCGCGAUGCGAAUGGCCUGAAUCUUAUACACAAAGCGGCUGGUCUGGGGCAUACCAAGAUACUCGAGUAUUUGAUUGGCAUUUGGCCGGAUGGCGCUGCAGAAACGGAUAUAACGGGAAAAACACCGUUACAUUGGGCGGCAAGUCACAAAAAUAACAUGCGCUGCUAUACGCUACUCACGGAGGCCGGCUGCGAUGAGGAGGCCUUGGAUUAUAAAAUGAAAUCACCUACUUACUAUCGCCACAAGCCGCACGAAAUCGAACGCGCCUUCUUGGUUUACGUGCCGGAGGCGCCACGUGUCUCACCAGAUGUCGCCACCGACUGGGAGGCGCUGAGCGAAGAUAUCGGCGAUGGUGGCAAGAAAUUAGAUAUUAAAAUACCAGAUACGAAUGGUUUUCAUGGUCGCACCACUGACGACAGUAUUGAAAAUACAUCCGAGGUGGACUUGAAUGAUGGCGUAAGCGCAACGGACGAGGAGCCACCUGCCGCAGCAAUUACCAAUGGCAAUGAUGAUGACUCAGCACCACAAACGCCAGAAAAAUAUGACGAAGAAGCAGCAAAUGAUGCACAGGAGGGUGGUGAAGAAGAGCCAGCACUGACAAAUGGUGCGACGGAGACAAACGAAGUUAAUGGGCAUGACGAAGCUGAGGCAGACGUCGAAGCCGAGGACGUGGAGGCUGCAGGUGAAGAAGCUGUGGUCGCAGAUUCUGAAGCUCCGGCUGAGGCUGAGCCUGAUGUUAAGGCUGACGGCGAAGCCGAUGCUCAAGCCAAUCCAGAGGUAGAAGCCACAGAAGCGGAGCAAAAAGACGAGCAUGAAAACGAAAACGAAGCAGCAACAGACAGUGAAAAUGAAACUAAUAACGGUUACGAAUCGGAUAAUGAACCCGCAGUCGAUACCGCAUCCGAGCAUGAAGCUGAGUCUGAAGCCGACGAAAACGACGACGAGGUACAAGUAGUUACAGAACCACAACCAGCUGAUAAGUUGGAUGAAAAUCACAAUGAAGCUAAAUAUGACAACGGUGAUGGUGCCAGUUCGCCGACCUCAUCGCUGGCCAUUGAAGGCUUCGUGACUGGCGCAUCGGAGGAUAAUAGAGUUCAGUCGCAAUCCGCUGCUUAUGUACACGAACAGUCAGAUAUACGUGAAGCCAUCGAAGCCGGUGACAUGGAGCAAUUAGCGCAGGUUGUGCUCAAUGGUGAUGGUAAGAAGCUGGUGAAUAUACACUCACAUAAUCCGGACAUACAGGCGUUCCUUAGUAAUGUGCCUAACUAUAUGAGUAAAAUUCGCCGUGUUCAUGAAGCCGCUCGCGAAGGUAGCCUGUUGGCUUUGCAACAAGCUUUGGAUCGUCGAAAGUUUGCCAUUGCUAAGGAUGAUAUCUCACCUAACGGUGCCACACCACUGCAUGUGGCCGUACUGUUCGGUAAUACAGAUAUUGUGCGGUAUUUGGCGGCACGCUUUCCAGAAACCACCACAAUCACCGACAAUGAUGGACGUACAGCACUACAUUAUGCCGCCACAAUUAAUGAUAAUGGACACUUUUACAAUGUACUCACACAGCUCGGUGCCAACAGCAAAGCUUUGGAUAAGCUUGGGCACACGCCAGAAUUCUAUCAAAAUAAAGAUGACGCCAAAGAAAUACUCAACUAUAAACAGUUGUUGAGCAAUUUUGGCGCUGAGGARCUAGAAGAUGAACUGCUUAGUGAUCAAGGUCAAGCUGAAAAUGCCAGCAGUCAAAUGCACCCCAUUUUCAAAACGGARCAAGGCAAAUAUUUAGCGAACAAUCUGGCAGAUCCGCUCAUUAAAGCGCUUACGGAAAUCGCCAACAAACGGCCCGAGGAUCCCGUUGCAUUUCUUGCUAACUAUCUGCAAAACUAUCUACACCAGCGCGAUCCUACAGAUACGAGUAAUAGUGGCAAAACAAAUUCCACCGCGACAAUAACAUCCCACACCGGCAUGGUACGUCGCACUGGCACUGGUUUGCGCAGUGCCAACAAUAUAAAUGACAAUGCGGAUCGCAUUGACGAAGAUCACAUUUCGAGUGCUGAUGGGGACGAGGAAGCGGAAGCAAAUGUUGAUGAUCGCGAUGAACAUGGACAAAGUAUGCUUCAUUUCGCAUGUGCGCGUUCACAUCGACGCGGUGCGCUAAUGCAUCUAAUUGAGGAAUCGAAUGUCGAUAUAACAUAUCGUGAUGAAUUGUAUCGCACGGCGCGUGACGUAUCGCUGCAGGCUAACCAACCAGCGAAUGCGAAAGAYAUCGAUCGUUAUGUGCUAUCGCUGGCUGUGAUUGGCGAUGUUAAGCCAUUCGAAAUACUUGCUGUAGAAGGCUACGAUCACAUCGUUGACAUUACCGACGACAACGAAUUAAGUAUAGUGGAUAUAGCUGCCGAGCGUGGACACGAGGAGCUUGCAAAUUUUCUACGUAAUCUGCGCACAUUAGAGGAGCUGCGCGAAGAAUUGCAUCAAAUGAUAAGAGACGGUAAUGUAGGACGUGCGAAGGAAAUCGUCGCAGAACCGAAUGGCAAAUGGCUCUUAAAAGCCAAAAACUAUUAUGGACGCACAGCUUUGCACAUUGCAGUUUUGAAAGAGAACGAGGAAGUGGUCGAACAUUUUGUAAAUAUCUAUCCUGACGCACUSAAAAUCGGUGAUAAUCUGGAACGCACUGUUUUGCACUAUGCCAUGGGCACGAACGCUAUCGAAAGCUUAAGUCGCAUACUCAUACAAAAAGGUGCCAAGCGUACAACCAAAGAUCUGAAAGGACGUCAGCCAAGUUAUUAUUUUAUGAAUAAAGCCGAUAUUUUGCGUUUGCAAGAGGAAGAGGAGGAGAACCGUUAAAUACUCACAAUGCAUAUCAGUAUAAUAGGCAGGGUUGCAUUUUUUGAUACCAAAGCUUAUUGAAAUUCUAAAUAAAGAAAGGAAAGUCCGUAUUUUAAGCUUGCAAAGCUAGAUGUGGAAAACCGUUAACAUUAUUACGGCAGGGUUGUAUUUUUUGAUACCAAAGUGGCUUAUUGAAAUUCUAAAUAGUAUAAAUAUUUAGUUAGUUGGUGUGAAGUCUAAAUUUUUUAAGAAAAAAGUAUAAAAAAGUGUUGUAUACUGCAAAGAAAA